CCUGAACUUUAGUUCCUCAAAGCUGCCUGAACACCUCCUCUUUCUGCAGCCUGAACUGUCUGAGUUUAGAGGUGAACCAGGGUUUGUCAUUUCAGGACUCAUCCUGGUGCAUGAUGGGACACAGCUGGAGGAAAGUCUCUGUUCUGACCCACCAGUAGCAGAUAGGACACACAUGAUGGAAGUUCUAUCAUCCACAUCAGAGAGGAAGUGAACAGACGGUCCCACAGAGACUGUCCAUGAACCAGGAGAACCAACAGAAACGUAUCAGACCUUCAUAGUUCAUCAUGAUUCUUUGUUCACACACUGAGCUGCUGCAGAGGUCAUGAACAGUCUGACUGCUAAACAGGAAGCUUCAGACCUCAGGAAGGUUUCAUGUUUCAGCAGCUACAAACUCCACCUUCAGGCAGAAACACAGAAACUAUUUCUCUGAACAGUUUCAGAGAUGAUCAGACAUGAACUGGAGUUUACUGCUUCAACUUUUAUGUUGGAUAUUUCUACCAAACUAAGAACUGAAGAAAAGAAGAAGAAGACGUUAAAACAUGGUCAUUCUGCUGUUUGCUCUGUUUCCAGCUGUCUGAAUUCUUCACAUGAUAACUGGAAACAGACCAGAAGCUCCAUCACUGGGGUGGAGUUUAACAAGUUCCAGCAUUGUUUACUUUAAUGAGUCUCAGCACCACUCCUUUUUUCUCCUGUUUUUUUGAGCUUCUCUGAUUCUUUUCUAAAACGAUAUUCAGUGAACGACACCAACUUGUGUUUACUGGUUUGAGGUUUGCUGGUUAAACUUUGAGGUUUUUGUUGGAUAUUUGCACCAAACUACCAGUGAGAUCAGAGGAAGAAGAAGACGGUAAAAUGUCUGCUGGAACAUCUGAGUUCUUCUGUCUGAUCUGUUUCCUGGUCUGUUCCUGUACAGCUCAGACAGCUUAUCUCGGACAGAAUGUCACUCUACCAUGUAAAUUUACCAGCAACAAACACAACAACGUCACAUUGGUUCAGUGGCGCAGAAUUGAUCUGGGACCAGACAGCUUCAUUCUUCUGUACAAAGACGGACGCUUUCAUCCAGACAAGCAGCUUCCGUCUUAUAAGGACCGGGUGUAUCUGCAGGACAUGGAGACGAGGGACUUUUCUCUGAUUCUGAUGAACGUGACGAUGGAGGACAGAGGACGAUACGAGUGUGAUUUUAUAGAGGAAGGACGGCAUGAAACCAGCAGAACCACCUCCACCACCACCCUGGAAGUUGUUGAACCAGGAGACAAAGAUGGAGGGAACACGGCUGGAGUCAUUGGAGGACAUCUUGGAGUAGUGUGUUUGAUACUUCUUCAUAUUCUGGUUUCUGCUGUGUUCUUCUAAUCUAUAGACGACACAUGAGGCAGAAUCCAAACCUUUUUUUUUAAUAGAACAGACCUUUAAAAUACACAUACAAAUGACACAAACAAGGAACAGCAGGAAGAUAAAACUUGUAAACGCCAUCCCCUGUGUUUCAUAAUUUAAAAGAACAACAACAACAAACAAACAAAUAA